AUGGACCGCAUCAGGGCCUUCUUCGCUCCCGCGAAGGCCACCGUCGACGAGUACGAGCCUCUGCCAGAGGACGACUCGGGGACGCUUGCGGGGUCGACGUACGAAGAGGCGACGCCCUUCUCAUGGCUCGAAUACUCCAUCUUUGCCUUGAUUGGCAUGGCCAUGCUGUGGGCCUGGAACAUGUUUCUUGCCGCGGCUCCCUACUUUCAGACUCGCUUCCAAUCUGAUCCCUGGAUCGCGGCCGACUCCCAAUCCGCCAUCCUCACCAUUUUUACCGUCACCAGCUUACUCACCUUGUUGAUCCUCUCCAACAUGCAGUCCACGGCGAACUACCCUCUCCGGAUCAACGCCGCUCUCUUGAUCAACGCAGUCGUGUUCGGACUGCUCACCAUUUCUACUUCUUCCUUCCUCGGCGUCUCACCCAAGACAUACCUCGCCUUCGUUCUGCUCAUGGUCGCCUUGACGGCCUGGGCAGCCGGGCUGAUGCAGAACGGAGCCUUCGCCUUUGCAGCCAGCUUCGGCCGUCCCGAGUACACACAAGCCAUCAUGGCGGGGCAGGGUAUCGCGGGCAUCCUGCCGCCGCUGACACAAAUGCUCUCCUUCCUCGCCUUCUCCGACACCUCCCCGGGGAUCCCACCAUCACCGGACCAACCCAGCGACUCCGCCGCUAGCAGCCAAAACAACGGCAGCACCGCCGCAUUCAUCUACUUCCUCACUGCUGUCCUUCUGUCCGCAGCCACCCUAACAGCCUUCAUCCCCCUCGUCCGGCGCCACACCCACCUCCUCCAUCGCCGCCGCCUACCGUCCGCCGCACCCUCCCUCUCAGAAUCCCCGCGCCGCCACGUCCCGCUCCCAACUCUCUUCCUCAAACUCCGCUGGAUCGCCGCCUCCGUGUUUACCUGCUUCGCAGUGACCAUGUUCUUCCCCGUCUUCACCGCCAAGAUCCUCUCGGUGCACGACCCGUCCGGCGCCGGCAAGCUGUUCUCGCCCGGCGCGUUCAUCCCCCUGGCCUUCUUCUUUUGGAACCUGGGCGAUCUGGCAGGCCGCGUGUCGACCAUGCUGCCGCGAUUCUCGCUGCGCCAUAGGCCGCAGGCGUUGUUCGUGAUUAGUCUGGCCAGGGCCGCAUUCUUGCCGCUGUAUUUGAUGUGUAACCUGCAUGGGAAAGGGGCGGUGGUGGGGAGCGAUUUGUUUUACCUGGUCGUGGUGCAGUUUCCGUUUGGGUUGACGAAUGGGUGGUUGGGGUCGAGUGGCAUGAUGGCUGCUGGCGAGUGGGUUGCAGAGGACGAGAGGGAGGCGGCGGGCGGGUUCAUGGGGACGUGUCUUAUUGGCGGAUUGGCGGCGGGGAGUGUGUUGAGUUUUACCGCGGCGGGAGUGUGA